AUGUCUCUCUACGGCGGUAUCAAAUUCACCGCUCCGACAGCGCCCCAGCAACAAGCUGAAGAGCAACCAUCAGCAUCCUCGACCCCGGCCUCCACCUCCGCCACGAGUGAUGAAUCACCCAGAACCACAGCCCCUGCUCAACAGGCCAAGACCAAGUCAGCGGUAGAGACUUCGACAGCGCUCAAAUUCGCCCCCAGGAUCAACAAGAAACCAUCCCGUCCGGCUGUCCCUGCUUCGGCGCCGGUGGUGAUUCCUCAUAUUGGGAUAUCCUCGAAGCCGGAUAUCGUUCGGGCAGCUGAGCCUGUCUUGACAAGAAGCGAAUCAUCGGAAAAAGUCAAUAAUGACAAGGAGGACGAGGUUGUAUUGGGCCAAGAUGGGGUUCCUCUAGCGCAAGCUCCCUCUAUGACUCUGGAUCCCAAAGGCCGGACUCAAGCUGGGGGCGGAGAUAGGAAGAGGAAGAACAAGAAGCGGAAGAGUCAACAACAACCCCACUUGCCGACAUUUGAUCCAGAUGAAGAGUACGAUCCGGCGCGUCCCAACGACCUUGGAGAGUAUCAAGAUUAUCGCGUCCGUGCCAAAGAAGAACGGCGGAGGCAGUUCAUGGAGGCAAAGAAGAGAAAGGCGGACGGGCUGGACAGCGAUGAGAGUAGCUAUUAUUCCGACAGCGAUGAGGAUUAUGGACCGCGGAGAGAUGCUCCGAAGAUGUUUGCUCCGCCCAAGAUGUAUUCUCCACCCUCUUCCAAAGCCCCUCUAGCACCACCGGAAAGUUCGGCCCCAGUAGCACCACCAUCUGCUAUUCCGCAAUCAGCAGAUGAGGCCUAUGCCCGUCGAGUUGCCCUGUCGCAGCCCCGAGUUAGCUCGGGCGGCGACGACGGAUAUGACCAGAGACCUUCUUUCAAUCAGCAACUCCCCACUGGCAGCGCAACAUCGGGGGAUGAUGCGUUUGCGAGAAGGGUAGCCAUGUCCCAGGGUCUGCCACAGAGCAAUAUGCCUUCUUUUGUGUCAUCUUCCAGCUCUUUGCCCAACAAUGCGCCGCCAUCAAAUCCGCCCAAUGUCUUUGUGCCUCCAGCUCCGGCCCCUGCUCCUCCCAAACCUCUAGACCCACAAGCUGUUACUUCCGCCAAUGAUGGACCAAAGGACCAGAAGGAUUUUGAGGCCAUGCUUGCCGAAAGAAAGAAGGCUGCCGAAGCUAUCGCGGCCAAAUUCAAGAAUCCGAAAGCAUACUCUUGGGCAAACGCUUCGCCUGAUGCUUCGUCCUCUGCCAAUGUAUCCUUGCAAGACGUCGAGGGCGGAACAUUUGCUGAGAAAAUGAUGCGAAAAAUGGGCCAUGUGGAAGGAUCAGGCCUCGGCGCUCGUGGAGAGGGUAUCGUCCACGCUCUCACAGCUGAACAUGUCGCCCCUCCCACGAAUAUCAACCAGCCUCUCUCCAAACGCGCCCUUGCAAAGCAAAAAGCCGCCGCGGCCAAUACCAAGAAUAAGAAAUGGGUACAAUCCGCUUCGUCUAGAGGAAAAAUUGUAAACGCGAAUGAGGCGAAGAGAGCUACAGAGGAGAGAGGGCAGAAGGGCGAAGAAGGCAGGGUGAUAUGUCUGCGGGGCAUGGUCGGCAGUGAGGAGGAGAUUGAUGAAGACCUGGCGGAUGAGAUUGGCGAAGAGUGUUCGAAGCAUGGUAUUGUAGAACGUGUGCUGCUACACAUGGUGGAACCGCCCCCUCCUGAACCCGAGGAAUGCCUUCGAGUGUUUGUGGUGUUCUCUGGGAUGGCCGGAGCGUGGAAAGCGCAGAAAGAGUUGGACGGGAGAUUCUUUGCAGGUAGAACCAUCAAGGCGACAUACUUUGACGAAGAGAGGUUCAACAGGGGAGAGAGGGAUGGUCCUGUGCUGUAG